AUGAACGUUACAUGGACCAUAGUUGGUCUGGUGUUGGUAGUGCUUGGAGCGGCAGUUUCCGGACAGGAUGAUCUGUGUGAAGACCGGGCAAACUUUAGCCUCGUUCGGCAUGAGGAGUUCUGCUACCGGUACUUUAUAUGCAUCAGUGGCGAUGCCUAUUUGAUGCGCUGCAGCGGUGAUUUGUGGUUCGAUGAAGAAACGCAAAGCUGUCGUAGUCCGGAGCUGGUGACCUGCGAUGUGGAAGAACCCACUACGCCUGCACCAGUGCCAGGAAUCUGUGAAAACGUGGAGAACAAUCAUCUGGUGAUUCAUCCGGACUUUUGCAAUACGUACUUUAUCUGCAUCGGAGAGCAGGGGACGGCUGUGGUUUGUGCGCUGGGAUUGUGGUUUGAUCCAGAGCAGCAACUGUGUGUCAACGCGUCAGAUGUGGACUGUCCGCAUGGUCCAGUGGGAGCUUCCAGAUGCCGAGACGUGGAAAAUUUUGUUUCUGUCCCUAGUGACAAAUACUGCAAUCGCUACUACAGGUGUAUCCAUGGAUUUGCUUACCCCAUGCUUUGCCCUACUGGUGAAUUUUUUGAACCCGGUAAAGGCGAGUGUACAUCGGAAGUAGAUGUAGAAUGUGACAUGGAACCGUUCGAACCGGAUGAAAGUCCAGUAAUGGGUGUAUGCGAAUUUACGCCAAACAAUUAUCUGACGCCGGACCCUACGGUAUGCAAUAGAUACUACAUUUGCGUUAAUCAGCUAGGUUGGUCAAAACUAUGCGCUGCGGGAUUGUGGUUCGAUGCAGCUGGUCAAACGUGUCGCGAACCAGGGUUUGUCGAUUGUCCACUGGGACCACCGAUGCCCCCAAAGACUACAACAACUCCUUUCAGCCGCUGUGAUGGCGUUCCAAACUUGGCCUACGUUGCAGGCGACGAAUUUUGCUACAGCUACUUUCAAUGCCGAGAGGGUGCUCCGUUCCCAAUCACCUGUAGAGACGGUCUCUGGUUUUCAGUGGAAGCUCAGAUCUGUGUCGAACCGGGUACAUUUGAGUGCGAUCUUGAUGAUUCUUCACCACCAACUACUCCAACUCCAGGCAUCUGCACGAAUGUGGCUGACGGUGUCCUCGUUCAGCAUCCCUUACAUUGCAACCAGUACUACCUAUGUGCCGGCCAAGUCGGAGUUCCAACAAUAUGUCCCGUAGGCUUAUGGUUCGACGAGCUUAAUCAAAUAUGCAGCAAUCCAGCGAACGUAAACUGCCCGCACGGACCAGCAACGCCUGCACCCGAUCCGUUUGCAGUGUGUGAAAACGUCUUUGAAUAUCGAUUCGUCCGCGACGAAGACUACUGCUAUCGUUACGUGCAGUGCAUCGGUGGAACUCCAUAUCCUCUCGUAUGUCACGACGGACUGUGGUUUGACCAGGAACGUCAGACAUGCGAUCGUUCGGAAUACAUUGAAUGUGACGGCAUCCAGCCACCCGACGUUCGACCGCCAGACUACUCCGGAUCGUGCGAAAACAUCGAAGAUGGCCUACUAGUACCUCACCAUACCUUCUGCAAUGAAUAUUUCCUCUGUGUUCACGAAGUCGGAUGGCCGAUCAUUUGUCCUCUCGGGUUGUGGUUCGAUGUUGAGCAGCAAACAUGUUCGCUUGCAGGGCGCGCCCAGUGCCAUCUGGCACCCGAACGUCCACCGAUCAGCGAAGAUCCGUACGCCAUGUGUCGUGGAAUUCCGGAGAACGCUUACCUACGCGACCCAGAUUCCUGCUACCGGUACUACAAGUGUGUGAGUGGUUCACCUUUCCCAAUGAUCUGUCCCAACGAACAGUGGUUCGAUGAACGGCAGCAAAGCUGCCGAAACGCCACGCUAGUCACAUGCCCAAUCGAAGAGGAACAAACACGCCCACCUCCGACGCAGGGUGUGUGCACCGGAGUAGCCAACUCCGUUCAGGUCCCGAAUCGACGAGCCUGCAAUCAGUUCUACACCUGCGUCGACGGAGUAGCAUUCCCACAGAUUUGCGCCUACGGACUUUGGUUCAAUGAAGCCGAACAAACCUGUUCGCCGCCGACAGAAACCAGCUGCGACUUGGGACCUCCCACGACGACUACAACCGCACCCCAUCCGUGGGCAUUGUGCGACGGUAUCCCAAACUACACGUACGUUCCUAGUCCGAACUACUGCUACCGUUUCUUCCAGUGUAUCGAUGGAGCACCAUUCCCGAUGCAUUGCGCCGGUAAUUUGUGGUUCGACCGAGAGCGGCAAAUCUGCGCCGACUCCCAGGAAGUCUUUUGCAUUGUCAAUCCAAAUCCGCCGGUUGUUCCACCGACUCCGGGAAUUUGCUCCGGUCGAGCCAACGGACGGCAGGUUUCCAGUCCACGAGCGUGCAAUCAGUUCUAUGUCUGCGUAGAUGAGAUCGGUUAUGCUCUGGUGUGUCCCGAUUCGCUAUGGUUCGACGAAUUUCACCAGAUUUGUUCGUCACCUUCCUUUACAUACUGUCCACUAGCUCCGGUAGUAACCACACCAUCACCAUACGAACGCUGCUUAGACAUACCCGAUUAUGGCAGCGUUAGAAAUGAUUACUAUUGCUACCGGUUCUUCCAGUGUAUAGAGGGAAUCUCUUAUCCAAUGAUUUGUCGAGUCGGACUUUGGUUCGAUGCAGAACGUCAAACGUGUGAUUUAAUGCAAAACGUCCAGUGCGAACUACGUCCGGGAAAUCCCGGACCAAUCAUUCCAACUCCAGAAAUUUGUGCGGGGGUUCCCGACGGAAGUUUCGAAAGAAACUGGAGCUUCUGCAAUCAGUACUAUCUUUGCGUGGGGGAAGAAGCUUUCCCGCAGAUCUGCCCGGAUGGUUUAUGGUUCGAUGACUACCGGGAAACGUGCAACUUUCCCGCUUCAGUCUACUGCCCGCUGGGAGCUUCGACUGCAGCACCAACACCGGAAGAACGAUGCUACGGAGUGCCAGACCUAUCGUACCUCUCCAACGACGUUUACUGCUAUCGAUACUACCAAUGUGUCGAUGGAAUUUCCUAUCCACUGAUUUGCGGUAGCCAUUUAUGGUUUUCGGAAGCGUCACAAUCCUGUCAGAGCGUUGACGUUGUAGACUGCGAUGGAGAGACUCGUCCACCGGACGUCCCACCGACUGAAGGUAUCUGCAUCGGACUGGAAAACGGUCGCCAGGUCCUGAAUCCUGACUUCUGCAAUCAAUUCUACGUAUGCAUCGAUGAGGUUGGCUUCGCACAGAUUUGUCCGUUUGGACUUUGGUUCGAUGACUUUUCGCAAAGCUGUGUCUCACCGUUGGAAGCCGAAUGUCCUCACGGAUUGAACCCCACCGUGCCCCCUACCGAAAACAUAUGCUCCGGGAUACCAGACGGAACUAAAGUUGCCAAUCCAACGGAUUGUGCCUGGUUCUACAUUUGCAUCAACAAUGCAGGAUUCCGGUCGCCCUGUCCGGAAGAUAUGCUUUUUGAUCGAAACCAGCUACAGUGCGUACCGGCCGACGAAGCCGAAUGUGCUGACGAUGUAGGGCCCAGCCCCGCUCCGGGUCCAUGCUACGGUGUUGAGGACGGUACACUGGUUAGGAAUCCGUUCAACUGUGCGGCCUAUUACGAGUGUUUGAACGGUUACGGGUAUCCCUCGUACUGUCCGUCCGGGCAGUACUUCAGCGAAGAACUGCAGCGAUGCGAUGUGGCGGAGAAUGUAGACUGCAGCGUAGAGGAAGAGUCGACUACGCCGGAAGCUGACGAAGAGGAAUGA